AUGCUGGGCGUCGUGGAGCUGCUGCUGCUGGGGGCAGCAUGGCUGGCGGGCCCGGCCCGCGGGCAGAAUGAGACGGAGCCCAUCGUGCUGGAGGGCAAGUGCCUGGUGGUUUGCGACUCCAACCCUACGUCCGAUCCCACGGGCACAGCUCUGGGCAUCUCUGUGCGCUCCGGCAGCGCUAAGGUGGCUUUCUCUGCCAUCAGAAGCACCAACCACGAGCCGUCCGAGAUGAGUAAUCGCACCAUGAUCAUCUACUUCGACCAGGUACUAGUGAACAUCGGGAACAACUUUGAUUCAGAACGCAGCACUUUCAUCGCCCCGCGCAAAGGGAUCUACAGUUUUAACUUCCACGUGGUAAAAGUCUACAACAGACAGACCAUCCAGGUGAGCCUCAUGUUAAACGGGUGGCCGGUGAUUUCAGCCUUCGCUGGUGACCAGGACGUGACCCGGGAAGCCGCCAGCAACGGAGUUCUAAUCCAGAUGGAGAAAGGCGACCGAGCAUACCUCAAGCUGGAGCGGGGAAACUUGAUGGGGGGCUGGAAGUACUCGACCUUCUCGGGAUUCCUCGUAUUUCCCCUCUGACUGGCUCAUCGCGGGAAUGGAGGCAGGGAGAGGGCGAAGGCAGGAGGGGAAAAUGAUAAAGAGGCAGAACUUUCGAGGACGAGAAAGCGGCACGACUUGAAACUUCCUACAUGUUCCCCAGCUGUAUCCGGGUAAAAGGUGCGCACCCGGCUGUCGGACAACUUUGUCCGUUUCCUCUAGGAGAAGUAAAUUCCGCUUAGCUCUGCGCACUCCCAUUUCCAAAAAUAAACUCGCCUCCCCCAUUCCAGUGGCAGUAAUCAAGAGAGACUCCUUGUCAUUGUUUCUUACCCUCAUGUUCACGUUCCCUACAAUUUAUACAAAAGAAACUUUGCAUUUCACUGUAUAAUGUGAAAUAUCUUCCUCCUCUGAGUCGCCAUCUGAAUCUUUACAACCGCUGAAAUCUAAUACGUCCCUCCCCCCUUUUUUCUUUUGGAGAGGGGGGAAGGUUUUUGUUUGUUUGUUUUGUUUUGUUUUGUUUUGAUGGGGAGGUAGUUUUAAUUUGGCAAGUAUUGCUCGGAAAACACCGCUCGAAUUAAUUAGCUGAAGAUUCUUUGUAUCCUCGGCUGCUUGUUUGCAGAGAAAGGACUCACCUUAGUGGUGACUGGUUU